UUUAAAGUUGACUCACGGACAUUUACCGUCUCCAGUUGAAAGAACCGGGACAGCGGACGGCCCGUCGGUAGGAGCGGGAAAGACGACGUGUCCUCACACCGCCGGUGGAAAAAUAAACCUCAGGAAAAGGGACUCCAGAAAUGAUGACCAGGAUGUCUCCAAGUUUCCCCUUGUUCGUUAUGAGCUGCCUCUUUCUAACGGCUGAAUCCCACCAAGGCUCCAUCUCACCUCCACAAAAUCUGUCCCUGCUGUGGAUUGCUCCUUUUGAGGCACAGUUUUCCUGGGAACCACCCCCACAUUCAGUGGAAAACUGCACAUACACCGGGAUUGUUAAAACCAAUGACCAUAAAGGACCAAUCAGAAGUCAAAAUAUAAGUUCACCCUGGCAGCUCAUAAUUUCUAUGGAAGGAGGAUUUCUGGAAUUUUCUUUAAAAAUCGACUGUGGCGUAAACCACUGCCAGACGGCUGUGAAGAACUUCACCUACCCAGAUUUGGUGAAGAAUUUGACGUGCUACAUCUACGGCGCCAAAAAAAGUCACUGCUCCUGGCACCCAGCCAGCCAAGCUCCAGAUCUCAGGUUCUUUUACGGGUUAGUGAAUGAGACUUUCGGGCACACCGAAAAAUUACCCUUAAAAGAGUGCUCAUCUUUCCCAGACGGUGUCCGGAAUUCUUGUGACCUGGAGGCAGACAUAUACCAGUCCAUCUUCAUCUUUUUCAAUGGAACGGUGAACAACAAGGUUGCUAGGAACACCUUCAAGCCCUCGAAUCAUGUGCAACCUCCUCCCCUGAACUGGACAGUCGUUAAAAAUGGGGAUAAGUUCCAUAUUAGCUGGACCCCUCCUGAUAUAGGUGUUUGGAAGUUUACAAUUAGAUACACUGAGUGUAAUGAACAAAAGGUAAGAGAGAUGACUGUACGAUAUUUAGAUGUUUGUCUCCAAUGUCUUUGGAUUGAAGCUGUGUCCUGCUUAGACUCAUUUUCUUGUAUGGGAAUCCAAAGGACACAGUAAUAGGUGUGCCAAUUUGGACUUUAGGAUGAACUGAAUACCUGAUUGUAGUUCUAGCAUUGAGAUGUUUUAUUUCUAUACUUACCUCUAACCCAUCUACAUGAAUUUAUGUGGUUUGAUUCUCUCUUUUCACAAGGUUACUUAAAGCUACUACCAGGAACUUUCAUUUUGUGUUGAAAAUAGGACCCAAAAAAACAUUGCUCAAUGGCGUUAUUAGUGGUCAAAGACUCCACAAAGAGUGGUGACCCUUAAGCAAAAACAAAUCAAAAAUCCAAUUGACCAAUAUUCAGUAUGGCAAUGUCAGUCAAUGGGUCCACCACUUUGUUCCAGACUGAAAUAGCUCAACAACUAUUAGAUGGAUUGAGACUCAUGGUUCCCAGAGGAUGAAGCUUCCUGACUUUGAUGGACCCUUGACUAAUGUCAUGAAUUUCGGUACACAUAUCCAUGGUUCCCAGAGGAUGAAUGCUACCGACUUUUGGCCACCAUGAAGUUAACAUUUGUGGUUUUUCAACAAAUACCUGCAAAACUAAAGACAACAUCAGCCUCAUCUGUAGUUUUCUAUCGUCAUUUGUACCCUAAAAAACUUCAAUCAAGUUUUUGAAUUAAUACCACUUU